AUGGGUAACGGCUCCAAGCACCGCUUCAUGGUCAGAGAUAGGCUUGGGCAAUACCAGGAGAAUAUCCUGGACCGGAAACGCAAAGCGCUUCUUUUGAAGAGUACCUUCAGCCUCGGCCAGUGCGUGAGCGAUGCCUCGGUGUAUGUCCACAGCUACGAGUACAUCCAUGCCGAGGUGAAGGUGCCCAGCCUGCUACUUGAUUUUGGCCAAGGUAAUGAAUAUGUGUAUCUUGUGGACUUUGACACGACCUGCCGGUACACGCAAACCGGCAAGCACAAGGAGUACAGGGAAGAUCUCAGGGAGGCGCACGGCGUCACCACAGAGUUCAGGAGUGCGGACGCACGAAGUGGUGAUAUGGAAAUCUUUGGAUACAUCCUGCUCCGGUGCCUUUGCUGCCGUCUACCUAAGGACAACCUCAAGAACCCAGAGUACGUCAGCCAACGGAAGACUUCGCCGCUGGAAAACAUCACCCUGCUGAUGAGCAAAAGCUUCCAACACAGGGACAUUCUAUGUGGCAUCAACAAUUUCCUGCAGCACGUGGAAUCCAUGAAAUUCGAGAACAUGCCAGACCACAAGCGACUAAAGGGGAUCUCAGAGAAGGGCAUACAGGCGUCGGGUUUCAAGCCUUACAGCAGGCUUGACUUGACGCCACCGAGGACGCCGUGGCGCAACUCGUUCUCGCCAAAGAAGUCUGUGCUGCAAGAAAGCAGCCUCGCCGAGGACAGCAUGGAAGAGAGCAUGGACGAUUACGUCGUGGAAAAGCCGCCGCCAGCCAAGGUCGCCCGCGGCCGCCCUAUGGCGGUGCGGGAUAAUAACCACCGAACGCCCGCGGCGACUAAGACCACCUCGGUGCUGGACAGUCUCGUCAUGUUGAGCCCAAGCGAAAGCCGGUGA